CUAGCUUAAUAUCCAUUCAGGAAGAAGCGGGUCUGAUUAGCUUAGCUAGCUUAGAUUGCUAAAAAUCUUUAUAGUGCAAAAAUGGCGUCGGUCAACCCAUUUAAUCUCAGUGAUUCUGAGGAAGAGGCUGAGCGGCGCCCCAAUGAAACAGUUGACACAGAGAGGAGCCCGAGUGACGGGGCGCCAGGGCCACCGCCAGGCAAUCCUUUCUCUCCGCCUGCGGACGCCGAGCCUCCGACGCUGCUGCUGUCUAGCAACCGGACGAGCCCCAGCGGUGAGGGCAUCUCGGUGUCGGCCGCGGCCACCUCCGCUAUGGCAGGCAGCACCGAGGCGCGGGUGUCUGUGGAUGUCAUUGCUGCUCAGCUAUUGCGGGACCAAUAUAUUCUCACGGCCCUUGAGUUUCACACCGAACUGUUGGAAGCAGGUAGAGAGCUUCCGCGGCUGAGGGAUUAUUUCUCCAACCCGGGGAACUUCGAGCGACAGAGCGGCACUCCUCCGGCCAAAGACCAGGUACUCGGACCUGGAGGACCGCUGAAUCGAGCUGGCAGCAUCAGCACCUUGGACUCUCUGGACUUUGCCCGAUACUCAGAUGACGGCAACCGAGAGUCUGACGAACGGGUGGCAGUGCUGGAGUUUGAGCUACGGAAAGCAAAGGAGACCAUUCAGGCUCUGCGCGCCAACUUGACUCAGGCAGCAGAGAGCGAAGUGCCCUCUCAAGAGAGAAAAAACUUCAAGUCAAGUCCUGAAAUUCAGGAGCCUAUACGCCCACUGGAGAAAAGAGCCUUAAACUUCCUUGUGAAUGAAUAUUUAUUAAAAAACGAAUACAAACUCUCAUCUAUCACCUUCUCUGAUGAAAAUGAUGAUCAGGACUUUGAGUUGUGGGAUGAUGUCGGCCUCAACAUCCCAAAACCUCCUGACCUAUUACAGCUCUACAGGAACUGUGGCACCCCCCUUCCUUCUCCUCGGGACAUGGUUGAUGUGUCAGUAGGGGUGGAUUUUGGUGAUCUUCCAGGAAACUGCAUUGCUCAAGAGCCCCCUAAGAAGCCUGACUUAUCACAACAGCAACAGACAGAAGUGGUGCAAGAGCUGGAGUACCAGAUCAGCCUCCUCAACAAUGAGAAGCAGAGCCUAGCAGAGCAGAUCAAGAAACUGCAAAGUGAGAUUCAGACACUGAAGAGGACUGUCUCCUCCCCACCUCUGGCCACUCUGGACUUGGGCACCCAGAGUAAAUCUAACCUCUCUUCCUCUUCUACCACCACCACCGCUUGCUCCACUGACCCUCUCUCUGUGCCUCCAACAGAUAAUGGCCAGUAUCUGGACAUCAGAGGGGUUUCGGAAGCUGGUAAUGACCCCACCUCUGUUCAAAACACAUCACAUCCACAAUCCCACAACAAGCUUAAGAGUCAGCCACUUGUCCAGUUUGAUAAACCCAACAGGAAGUUAUCUCCGGUCUUCCAGCAAGCCUUGCUGUCCUUCUGCAGAAUGUGUUCUGACAGCCGCUUGGGAGCAGAGGUGUCUCGUAUAGCAGACAGCGAGGAGAGUGUGAUGCUAAUGUUGGGCCGCUGUCUUCCUCACAUUGUCCCUAAUGUCCUUCUUGCUAAACGAGAGAGAAUGGUUGCGCACCUUUGCCAGGAGUUGAUUCCUCUCAUCCUGUGUACCGCCUGCCUACACCCAGAGCCUAAAGAGAGAGACCAGCUCCUUCACAUCCUUUUUAACCUCAUCAAGAGACCGGAUGAUGAGCAGAGACAAAUGAUCUUGACGGGCUGUGUUGCAUUUGCACGGCAUGUGGGUCCCACGCGUGUCGAGGCAGAGCUACUUCCUCAGUGCUGGGAACAGAUUAACCACAAAUAUCCAGAGAGGAGAUUGUUGGUGGCAGAGUCCUGUGGAGCCUUAGCACCUUAUCUGCCUAAGGAGAUUCGUAGCUCCCUGGUGUUGUCUAUGCUUCAGCAGAUGCUUGCUGAGGAUAAGGCUGACAUGGUCAGGGAGGCUGUGGUCAAGAGCCUGGGUAUUAUCAUGGGUUACAUAGAUGACCCUGACAAAUACUCCCAGGGUUUUGAGUUGAUGCUGCUGUCACUCGGGGACCCAUCAGAGCGGGUGGUCAGUGCAGUCCACCAGGUCUUCAUUCCUGCCUUUGCUGCCUGGACCACAGAGCUGGGCACUCUGCACACCGCACUUAUCCCUUCUCUAUUAGCACGGAUAGAGAAGCUACUUAAUCAGGGAGAACACGGCCUUGAUGAACACAAACUCCACGUUUUCCUGUCAGCCCUUCAGUCCCUCAUCCCUCCUCUGUUUGCUGUGGUGCUGCAAAAUGCACCUUUUACCAGCAGAGCCAAACUCCACGGAGACAUACCUGCAAUAGAAGUUACCCGGUUCCCCAGGCCAGCUUCUCCUCUCCAGGAUGUGGCAACUAUCAUCGGCAGCAGGGAGAUGCUUAGUGCUCUGCUGCUACUCUAUGACCACCAGUUAGAGCAUGAAGGAACCACCGGCUGGGACAGUCUGCUAUGGGUGGUCAACCAACUCCUGCCUCAGCUCAUAGACAUUGUGGGUCGCAUUAAUGUGACAUCGUCUACCUGCGUACACGAGUUUUCCCGCUUUUUCUGGAGGUUCUGUCGCACCUUUGGAAAGAUUUUCACCAACACUAAGGUUAAACCACAGUUCCAAGAGAUUCUUCGACUCUCUGAAGAAAACGUUGAUGCUUCAGCAGGGAACGGUAUUCUCACCAAAGCCACAGUCCCCAUCUAUGCCACUGGAGUGCUGACAUGUUAUAACCAGGAGGAGGAUCGCAAGCUGUUGGUGGGUUUCCUGGAGGAUGUUAUGACAACCCUAUCUCUAUCCCAUGCACCUCUCGACAGCCUGAAGGCCUCCUUUGUGGAGCUGGGUGCUAACCCAGUCUACCAUGAACUGCUGCUGACUGUCCUGUGGUACGGGGUGGUCCAUACAUCUGCUCUGGUCCGGUGUACUGCAGCACGGAUGUUUGAGCUGCUGGUGAAGGGGGUGAAUGAGACGCUGGUAGCUCAGAGAGUGGUGCCGGCUCUCAUCACACUGUCCUCCGACCCUGAAAUCUCGGUGAGGAUAUCUACUAUUCCUGCCUUUGGUACCAUCAUGGAGACCGUCACACAGAAAGAGCUGCUGGAGCGUGUUAAAAUGCAGCUGGCAUCGUUCCUGGAAGACCCUCAGUACCAAGAUCAGCACUCUUUGCACAUGGAGAUCAUCAGGACAUUCGGGAGGGUUGGACCUAAUGCAGAGCCACGCUUCAGAGACGAGUUUGUGCUGCCACACCUUCACAAGCUGGCGCUGGCUAACAACAGCCAGCCAACGGAAAGCAAGAGGAUUGACAUUGCCACCCAGCUGUUCGAGGCCUACAGCGCCCUCUCCUGCUGCUUCAUUUCCGAGGAGGUGAUGGUCAACCAUUUCCUGCCUGGCCUCAGGUGUUUGCGCGCCGACAUGGAGCAACUCUCUCCCGAGCACGAGGUUAUUCUAAGUUCUAUGAUCAAAGAGUGUGAAAUCAAGGUGGAAAACAGAGGAAUGUCAGACGCACAAGGCUCGAUGUCCAUUGCAUCCAGUUUGGUGGGUGAGGAUGCCAAGACCAAGUUCCUGAGUAAGAUGGGUCAGCUGACCACCUCUGGUGCCAUGCUGGCCAACGUCUUCCAGAGGAAGAAGUAACCACAACACUGACUGAUCGGCCAUCGCAACUAACUGACGAACCCCUGCUGUCUUUGGGAGCAUCUCAUUUUGCUGGGAAAAAAAGCAUCGGUUCAGCUUAAAGUAGAAGAAAGUGUAUAUUUUAAUCAAUUUGAAAGGGUUUGCUCAAAGUGGUGUUGAUUUAAAAUCUUCAGAGCAGCAGGAGAAUCUGCUACUUAAAGGUGAACAGAAAUGGGCUUUUUUGUUUUGCAGCGAAAGCAUCUGAGGUUUUCCCCUCUGCUCAUUUAUUCUCUCCUUAAUUCUUAAUCAUGAUGACAGCAUUGUCAAGGGAUCUGCUUUUAUGAGUCACGUUGUCAUUUCAGAAAGAGAGGAGAGAGGGGAACACGCUGAACUGUAUCACCCAAAGUGAUGACAAGGAAUUUGUUACCGGGACAUUUCUGGACUUGAAAAUAGCACUGAAUUUGAUUUUCAGAAGAGCAUAAUUUGUCUCUAGGAAACAAAACUUCUGCUGGAUUUCAUAUAGAAAUUUAACGGGCGCCAUUAUGGAUGAAAAGGUUCCACAGCAUUUGCACAGUUUCUCAUAACUUGCAUUUGUCAGUGAAAUCACACUGACGGUUUGAACCACAGAAUGGCAGUGCAUCUGUUUAGAAUGCCUUGUACAGUGUGUCUGUACGGCUCAGAAGUAUCGCCUACUUGAAACUAUAAAAAAGUUGUCUUGCCUUUAUUUCUUCAACGUCCGUCUCUGGUUUUGUUUUGAUAGCUUCUAUUUUAUAACUUAUUUAUGUCUUAAUGAAGAAAAACGCAUACUUUAUUCCAACUUCCAAAGAAAUUUGCACUUCACUUUACUGUUUUGUUCUUUAUUAUAUAUUUUUUGUUUUAAUUCAGAGUCUUAUACAUAAAGAUUAUCACUACUGUUAAUGAGUUUUUUGGGGGGUUUUUUUUGUUUAACUGUUUUGGCAAUGUGAAGUUGAAGAGAACACUGGUCAUAAUUAUACCUUUUCUGUCCGUUGCAUCUUGUCUCUCAGUGUUGCAGUGUCUCUGAUAAUUGUACUUUUUUUUCUAAAGUGGGUAUUUGGUUAUAUUUUUUCGUUGUUCUUUUUGGAUAUGCUCGAAGAGAAACAGUAAAUAACUGUAUCAUACACUGAACUGAAGGGGAUGGUACUCGUGUAUAUUUGAAAUUCGUGUCAUGGUGUAAUAAAAGAUGGAGAUCAGUUGUGUACUUAAACAUAA